UAAACAAAACAAACCGAGCAAUGGACGAUGUAGAUGAUCUGCGGAUAAGCCAGCAGCAGCUUCUGGACGAGAUUUCGGCCCUCUUGCAGACCACAACGGAGCCGAGCGCCGCGAAUGCACUGCAACUGAAUCAGGAGCUCCAGCGCCGGCUCAUGCAAGUGCGGACCAAAAUUCUGGCCAUGUUACAAGUAGUAAGGGCCCGCUUCUCCCGGAACGAGGACAUCCUGGUGCGCCGGCUGCGACCUCGUUCCCAUUUCGGCCCGCAUUCCCUCAAUCGUAGCGGGGCGAUCCUGAGAAAGGGCACGUUUCGCUUCAAGGGCAACCUGUUUUUCCGAGACAUCGAUGGCCGAAGCUGUCCUAACAAUGAGGAUUACGAGGCGCGGUGCCACACGGAGAUGUUUCCCACCGACUUUGACAUGCACUCCAGGCACGUAUGGACAUUGCUGGACAAAAAGAAUGUGAUAAUGGGUAUAAAACAACAGUUACUGGACCAUAGGGCACACAGUACGAAUGCGUUGCCCAGCGGAAGUCUGAAGCGCAAGCCAAUCGAGCGGCACUUAAGCACCCUGGUAAGUCUGCUGGCAUCUGCGGAUAGUAGCUUCAGCAUCGACUGGAACCAGAUCAGCACCCUGGACUUGGAAUAUCGGCACUCUCCGUAUAGCUGCGAGGCAAUGUGGAGGGUCUACUUAACACCAAAUCUCAGGCGAGACAAUUGGUCACCCGAGGAGGACGAAACUUUGAUGGCGGUGGCCAAUGCAAACAGGAUGCAGAACUGGGAGCUGAUAGCCGCGUCGCUAGACCGACGUUCUGACUAUCAGUGCUUCGUACGCUUUCAUACCGCUCUACGUUUUCUGAUGGAGCCAAAGAACAGCCACCGCUGGAGCGAAGAGGACAACGAUAAACUACGGGCGAUCGUUGAUAGGAAUACGGCAAACAGCGUAAUUAACUGGAAAAAAGUCGUGGAGUACUUCCCGGAUAAGUCCAAAUCGACGCUGAUUGGUCGUUACUACUACGUGUUACAUCCUAGCAUCAGUCACGAACCCUUCACUACCAAGGAGGACAUGAUGCUGUUCGCCGCCGUUGAAGAGUACAAUGGAAAGUUUCACUGUUUUCCGCGUUCUCUUUUCCCAAACCGGUCGUUAACCCAACUUCGAACUCGCUACCACAAUGUACUGGCACAGCGCAACAAGACCGACUCCUGGUCCGUUCAGGACGACACACGGCUGAUGAGCUUCGUAACGCAAUACGGGGCUUCCCAGUGGCUGAACUGUGCCACGUUCUUGGGCAAUCACACGCGGACCAGCUGUCGUACCCGCUUCCUGGUCAUCAAGAAAUUCCUUGAACAAAAUCCCAAUGCAAAAGUAGAAGACCUGCCACGCCGCCGAUCGAAAAAGGUGUCCUCGGUUAACUCUGAUAAUUGGGCGCAGCGUUUGCAAGAGUGGCAAGAGGACCCAGAGUCAUUAGUUAAUGACGAGCGCCCGAAAGGAACUCGGGUGCGAAGACCCAAGUCGAAGAAGGCUAAGAUCGAGCGACAGGCAGAGAGUUUCCCAAGACUUACGAAAGUUGAUAGAGAGUUGUGCGACUUGUUUAAGUUUAGUUACAAUAUGACGCUGAGCGCUCCAAAAACUUUUCCAGUUCCAAAAGACGUUUAUAACUUUACCUACGUGAUCAGAGCUCUUGCAUAUAAGCCACCAAUUCGACCAUCGCUCUUACAAAACAUAUUUAUGCCAAAUGAUGUGCUUAAGAGCUACAACAGUAUGAUCCGAAACCUUCCGGACGAGGAAGGUGAUAUGAAGAGCCCACUUUUGGCACCCAACUGGUCAACGAUGAUGGGGUUUCGGGCCUUAUGCAUACUCUCCGGAGAUUGUCGCAAGAAGGAGGCGGAAGCACGUAGCUUCGAAUAUAAUGAAUCUUUACCACCCAUCCAGCUUUUCCGCAAGCGGUUGCGAGCGCUUUUCUAUCGUACCACUCUUCUCAGCCGCUUGGAAUCACAAUUCUUUACCGACUUACCAUCAGCAUUAGUUUCUUUACCACGCCCCAAACCCGAUUAUGCAAAACUGGGUACACAUUUUGACUUAAUCAAUCCAGAGCCGGCAACACAGAAUGAUCUAAAAUCCGAGCCGCUUAGCGAGGAUGAAGUCAUAAAUACAGUCAAGCAGGAAGUGGAAAUGGAAUAUAUAGUUUCAUAGGAACUAUUAAGUAAAUAUGUACAUAUUGAUUAAUUAAAGCUUUAAAAGUUUAUAUUUUUUUA